UGACAGCAGGGAUUUUGCUUAAAUGCUACUGCACUUGCGGUUGUAAAUGGCAGCUAAUAUAUUCCACCUGGAGUGUAUACAAGUGUACAGGGGGUUAGAUGGCGCUUUGUUAUACCUGGUAUGGUACAUGAACUUUGCAUCAGCUAUUCAUUUUCACAGAGCUAUUUAUACAGGAUUCUGACAGCAAUUUUGAAUUUAUGAAUGAGUGUGAUGUAAACAUUGCUGUAACCUGCAUAUUUUGCUUGACAUAUGAAUUUCUCUUUUUUAAUAAAUCCCAUGUAACACACAGCAUGCAUUAUAAUUUUGGGUUUAUCUAUAAUCCACUGUUUCUAUUUUAUACUUGAGGGGACCUAGGACAAAUCGCUUCUUUCUCUACUUGUUUCCUUUUUCUGCUCUAUUCACUUUUUAAGACGCCUGUUGUAUCAAACAGUAUUGUCGCUGAAAGUGUUGUAAUAUCCCCACCCAGUUUUAUCAAUCAGCCUUUGCCAACCCUGCUCUGACAGACAUAAUAUAAUAGGACAGACACAGUGCGACUAGCCAAUGGGAAAUUACUGUGCUCCAACCAAUGUGGCAAGUGCAAGGAAACCAAUGGAGAGAUGGUUUAGAUGCGAGCACAAAGGAGGGGCCGGGAGGCCAAUUUUCUGGCAGAGAACCAUUCCUGAAGUCAGACACAUCUGCUAGUGAUUUAGUCGCUUCUGCCGCUUCUGCCUCGGGAGCUGUCCAGCCAUCAGAGCUCCUGAAAUCCAGCACAAUGUGAGAGGCAAUGGUAACAGUAGGGGCAUCUGUAACCGACACAACCGAGAGAUGGAGGAUGAUUUAUUCCAGCUCAGACAUCUGCCUGUUGUCAAGUUUCGACGAACAGGGGAAAGCUCCAAAUCAGAAGAUGACAACAUUUCUGGAGAGCAUGAAAUUCAGAUUGGACCUGUUCACACAGAGUUGGAAGCUGUGGAGUUGGAAGAUGGGACAACAGUACCAAGGGAAUUUGCUAACCCAACAGAUGACACGUUUAUGGUGGAAGAUGCCGUGGAAGCUAUUGGUUUUGGGAAGUUCCAGUGGAAACUCUCCAUGCUUACCGGUUUGGCUUGGAUGGCAGAUGCCAUGGAAAUGAUGAUACUUAGCAUUCUGGCUCCACAGCUCCACUGCGAAUGGAGAUUGCCCAGCUGGCAAGUGGCUCUGCUUACUUCGGUGGUAUUCAUAGGGAUGAUGGCCAGUUCAUCUCUCUGGGGAAACGUUUCUGAUCAGUACGGCAGGAGGACUGGUCUGAAGAUCAGUGUAUUCUGGACUCUGUAUUAUGGGAUUCUCAGUGCCUUUGCUCCUGUCUACAGUUGGAUUCUUGUCCUCAGAGGACUGGUGGGGUUUGGCAUUGGAGGUGUUCCACAAUCGGUCACACUGUAUGCUGAGUUCCUACCCAUGAAAUCAAGAGCAAAGUGUAUAUUGUUGAUUGAGGUCUUCUGGGCUAUUGGCACAGUGUUUGAAGUGCUUCUUGCUAUCUUUGUGAUGCCUACUUUGGGGUGGCGCUGGCUUCUGAUCCUCUCUGCUCUGCCACUCUUUCUCUUUGCUAUUCUGUGCUUUUGGUUGCCUGAAAGUGCAAGAUAUGAGGUUUUGUCAGGGAAUCAAGAGAAAGCCCUUGCCACCCUAAAACGCAUUGCAACGGAAAAUGGUGCUCCCAUGCCUUUGGGCAAGCUCAUCGUCUCAAGGCAGGAGGAUCGAGGUAAAAUCCGAGACCUUUUUAGUCCACAGUUUAGACGUACAACACUGCUGCUAUGGUUCAUAUGGUUUUCCAAUGCAUUCUCUUACUACGGACUGGUCCUACUUACGACAGAGCUUUUCCAAGCAGGAGAUGUAUGUAGCAUAUCCAAUCAAAGAAAGGCAGUCAAGCCAAAAUGCAGCUUAGCCUGUGAAUAUUUAACUGUUGAAGAUUAUACAGAUUUACUGUGGACAACACUUUCUGAAUUUCCAGGCGUACUGAUAACUUUAUGGAUCAUUGAUCGAGUUGGUCGAAAGAAGACCAUGGCCAUCUGCUUUAUUGUAUUCUCCUUAUGUGCCCUUCUGCUGUUCCUUUGUGUUGGAAGGAAUGUCCUUACCGUUUUUCUCUUCAUUGCAAGAGCCUUCAUUUCAGGAGGAUUUCAAGCUGCCUAUGUUUACACCCCAGAGGUUUAUCCAACAGCAACUAGAGCGCUAGGCCUUGGAACAUGCAGUGGGAUGGCUCGUGUGGGAGCAUUAAUCACACCCUUUAUUGCACAGGUAAUGUUGGAGUCCUCAAUUUAUCUCACGGUGUUGGUAUACAGUGGCUGUUGUGUUCUAGCCGCUCUGGCUUCCUGCUUCCUUCCCAUUGAAACCAAAGGCCGUGGCCUGCAAGAGUCUAGCCACAGAGAAUGGGGCCAGGAGAUGGAAGGAAGAGGAACACACAACUCAGGAGUGACCCCUUCAAAUUCUGGCUCCCAGGAAUGAUACUCAGUGUCACUUACUGCACCAAGAAUCCCAUAUAUACAGUCAGAUGGCCUUUCAUGCUCACAACUAACAAUACAUGGACGAUCAAUUGAUUGUUUUCCAGAAAAGAAAGUAAUGGGUGCAGGGAAGCGGCAUUAUACAAGUAAUGAAGAAACAGUGUACUUCCCCCCUCAGGUGACCCUGAACAGUUUAAAUGAUAAUGCUGCAAGUUUAGCAGAACAUGAAAAAAAUGCUUCAUUAGUUUUAAAAACUACAGGGAUAAUCUUUAUUGUUUAUUUAAUUAAAACAAUGAAGGGAUUAAGUAGAGGCCUUUUGACCCUAAAAUCACAAUGAGUCAAUCUGGAUGCAUUUGUGCAUAUUUGGUCAUUUCCAUGGAUUUCAACUCCUUCAAAGAAUUAGAAAAGAUUUCAAAGGCUAAAUAUUUUUUUGCCGACCCCAAGGCAAUUGUGCUAUUGCUUACUUGAGGUGGCCAUACAGUUCUCUGCUGCUGAUUCGGGUCCUUAAGACCAACUCGGCAGCUUCUCUGCCCAUGUAUGGGGCCCUCCGAUAGGCCUCCCCGACCGAUAUCCGCCCAAAAAUUGGUCAGAUGUUGAUUGGACAAGCUUGAUUUUUUUGUCCGAUCGGAGGCCGGGUCGGCUCAUUGAUGUGGUCCUCGCUCCAACUUUUCCUGUCCCUUUCAUUGCACUGUGAUCGUUCGGUCCUAGGGCCAAACAAUUGCAUUAGCAUAAUGGGGGGGAAAGAUUUGCAUGUUUGGCGACAUCGCCAAAUAAACAAAUCUUACCGUGUAUGGCCACCUUUAGCCUUUGUUUGUAAAUUGAUAUCUACAGCCCCUUAGUACAUGCCAGGCUUGUUGUUUCUGGGAUGGAUUUGCUUGGAAAAUGUGUUAGGAACAAACCUCUGCUUUAGCUUAUAGCUAAUGACCCCUAAGAGAACCUGUCAGAAUUUCAAAGCAUAUAUUUAGUUGUGUAAUUAAACAAAUAUUUUGUUUUCCUACAGCAGAAAUACUGACCAAAAAUGUCAAGCCCUAUAUAAUCUCAUGGUAUGCUGGAUUUUGGCUUUUUGUACUGCUAUUAUACAUUGAUUACGAACCUGCCACAUACAUUCAACCUGUGCUUGACCUGUGCAUAUCUGUCCCUUAACCAUGCACGCUACAAAUUGGUCACAUCAUUCGCAAGCCAAGUCCUGACAUCAACAGACUCCUCAGUUUGGGAGCCACUGGAUCCAUCAACAUAUGCAAUUAAUUUGGCCUAACCCUGUUUUAUAAUUCCUUUACUCCGUGUUGCCCACAAUUACUGCAAGGCCAGUUAAUAACUCAGCCACCAUGUACUAAUGCUCAAACGUGUUGUUUACUAAUAUUCAUUAGGUAAUCUAUAAUGAAAGGCAUUGCAGGACAUGGGAGUCUUGAAAGGCUGUUACUAUUGUCAGUUUACCCCUUCCAAUAUUACAGUAAAGGCUAUAAAACUUUUCAUUUAAAAAAAGAAUUGCAACAAUUUGAAUAUAUAAUAUAAUAUAUAUUCUAAUGGUGCCCCUAUUAGAACUGUAUUAGGCAAACAUAUAUAUAUAGAAAAGGGUAUUUGCAUUACAUUAGGAUUAUGUAACAGAUGUAAGUGCAAAUCCUAUUUCUACAGUAAUGUGACUUAAAAGAGGUUCACAAAGCCCUUUCAGAUGUAUGCUUAUUUUUCAUUGAUUUUACCUGAACAGAAAAAUAUAACCUGAUAGUAAGUAGGGUUUAGCUUUAUCUUGCUUUUCUUCAUAUAUUUGUAAUAUCCUUAAUUUAUAUAACACUGACUUGUUAUGCAGCACACAGAUAUUAUUAAUUAUUCACAUCAGUCACUGUCCUAAUGGAGCUGGUGAUCUGAGGUCCCUAAAGCACACUAGGGCCGGUUUCAUCACAAGCCUGGAUAUUUUUGAGUGUGGGAGGAAACCCUUGAAGACGGGGACAACAGUCAAACUCUAGUGUUCAGCUCAGUUUCUAUGUCAGGAUGCUAGCGCUUAUAGUAAUGGGCAACUGCUGCACUACUGUGAAGCCCUAGACAGUAAAUACAGGAACAGCUUAUUAUACUGAUGAGCGCUGCCUGCAAUAUUACAGAUACUGACAUUAUCUAUUGACUGCCAUACAGCAAUAUAUUUAGAACUGUUAUUGCUUUAACAUUAGUGUGUGGGCAGUAAGGAAUAUGGCAGCUGUCAUAUAGAUGUAAUUUUGUUUGUAGUAGUUCCUGCUUCUCUCACUGUUGAGCAUGUUACAUGAGACUCUCACUCCCAGGUGAUCCUUCACUACAAUAUAGGAGAAAAGGACCUCCAAGCUCAUACACACACCAUUCACCAGUCUUCUCAGUAACUUGGGUGCCAGUUGUUUCUUAAAAACAAACACAGAUUUCUCCUCCACAGAUACAGACCCACAUAUCCAACAGACACUCUCAGUGUCCAGCCCAAGCAUAUGGCUCUCACUGUGUUGCCUCAAAGAGAAUAUCUGCUAACCUGGGUCUAACCACUUCCUACCCUGCCAGGUGUCAGAUGUGUCCUAACCAUCCUACCUCCACCAUGUAGUGCAGGGCAAAGAACCUUCAUUUUCAUCUUCAUUUUAAUACACGGGUGGGGGGGGGGGUAACCGCCAACCUCCUCCAUGGAGCACAGGCCGAAGAACCUGGUGGGGAUCCCCUCCCUUUUAUACACUCAGAAACUUCCAGGUGGCAAUCUCUUCCCACAGAGCAAGUCUCCUUUCUUGCCAGACCUGCAAGGGGAAACUGUCCAACAAGCUGGCAAAUAUGUGCAUGAUGGGUUUAGUGCCCUUAUAGACUACAGCCCCAGCUCUCCACUGAGAUAUUCCCAACACAAUUUAGAGGUCAAACAUAUUAUAUAUAUUUUUUUUUUUUCCUUUUAUUUCAUUUAAGAGGACACUACCCUGGCAGAAUCAAGCAACAUAUUUAACUUUGUUCCCACAAGUAAUAAUGAAAAAAAUCAGAAGCAGACUGUAUGACUGCAUAAUUUAGCCUACAAUAAAUGGAAAUAUAUACCUUACUUAUGUCUACUUAUGAUAUUAAUAAUGUAUUUUUUGCCUUUAAUGAAAACCACAAUAUGGUUGUUUUUGUUAUUUAAUAACAUUUAGCUUCAUUAUUAUUAUUUUUUACUUUCUUUCAAUCAGUGCUGUUCAACUUUUUACAUGAGUGGCCCCACUACCUGACAUUCAAGUCUGUUAGCUAGAUUAUAUUAAAUCACUAUAUAUACCUAUAAUGUAAGGAAGGUGCACUUGCUCUGGCUGGGGGCUAGAAAAAAAUCCACAUCCAAGUAUUCAGCUUUGUUUUCAUUCAUUUGCAUAUGAUUUUUUGCUCUGAAGAGCACUAUUUAAUAAAGUGAAAGCAAAAUGUAGAUCCAAUUCAAUUUAUGUAUCACUGGUUGCAAGAAACUAACCCAGAAGCCUUAUUCCUUGUGAUACAAAAGAAAGCUGCAGAUCCACAAAGUGGUAACUGGGCUAAAGUUUCAGGAGUUAAUAAUGAUGAGUCCAGUCUUUAGCCUGCCUAAAUUAGGGAUGCCCCUUCAAAUGUUGGCAAACUACCUUUCCCAGCAUUCUGCAGCUAUCAACAGGUGUAGGAACUGUAGUUCAGCAACAUCUGAGGGGGUUGCAGAUUACCAUACCAUAGCCAAAAUCAUUGCUGUAGACUGUAUUGGGUGGCAGGUACAAGCACAGGAAAACAGUGGAACAGACAGGAUAAUGAAUGUUCGGGUGUCUGAAUGUACAGGAAUUACGCUGAAUGCAUUUUAAUGUUUGAACGUCCAUGUGUAAGAAGCUUAUUGUAUGAUCUCUUCUGUCCACAAUGCCUUGUUGACUUGGAUUUUACUGUCAGUUGAAUAGUUUAUGUUGAAUAAAGUUUUUACAUGAAUUAGA